CGGGCCGGGCCGGGCCGGUGCCUCUUCCCCGCACCGCCGGGACAGCGACGCCGAGGCUGCCGGCUUGCUGCCGCCCCGCCAUGGCUCCCAGCUCCGAGCGGCUCUUCGACUCCCUGGGACACUUCGGCAGAUUUCAAGCAUGUGUUUAUUUUGCAUCUGUCUUUCAAGCUAUGUCAUGUGGUAUCCAUUACUUAGCGUCUGUGUUCAUGGCUGUUACUCCUAACUUUGUAUGUGGGAUCCCUGGAAAUGUGAGUAGUGUUCUUUUCUACAACUCUUCUGAAACGAGUAUAGAGGACAUCUGGACACUAUGGACAUCAACAGAAAAUUACAUUGUAGUCCAGCUGGAAAAUGGAGAAAUUUGGGAACUUAAUCAGUGCAGCAGGUCCAAACGAGAAGUCAGUUUGGAUCUGGCAUAUGAAUACAAAGGCAACAAGUCCAAAUUUUCUUGUUCUGAUGGAUUUCUCUAUGAUGACACAAAGUGGAAGAGCACUGUUGUUACGCAGUGGGAUCUGGUCUGUGACCAAGAAUGGCUUGCAAAAUUAAUCCAGCCUACAUUCAUGCUUGGAGUCUUGAUUGGAGCAGUGAUUUUUGGUGACAUUGCUGACAGACUGGGAAGACAGCGUGUUAUAUGGUUCACAAGUGCUGGUCAGUUUGUAUUUGGCAUCACAGUGGCCUUCACAUUUGACUACUACAGUUUCGUGAUUGUGCGCUUUCUCCUUGCUAUGGUUUCAAGUGGCUAUCUGGUUGUGGCUUUUGUUUAUGUGACUGAAUUUGUUGGCAUAAAAGCACGAACCUGGGCUUCUAUGCAUGUCCAUGCUUUUUUUGCUGUGGGAAUUAUGGUUGUGGCACUCGUGGGAUAUUUGGUUCGGACCUGGUGGGUCUAUCAGAUAUUUCUCUCCAUAGCAACUCUUCCCUUUGUCUUGUGCUGCUGGAUGCUCCCAGAAACACCUCUUUGGCUCCUGUCAGAGGGAAGAUACGAAGAUGCACAAAAAGUAAUUAAUAUAAUGGCAAGAUGGAAUAAAGUAAGCACUCCCUGCAAAGUUUCUGAACUGUGCUCAGUCCAACAAGAUGAUCUGGUCAGAACGGGUGACAAUGACACAUCCUCAACAAAGAAGCACAACAUCUUAGACCUGUUUUGUAACUGGCACAUUGCAAGAAGGACCAUCACAGUCUGGCUGAUCUGGUUCACUGGAAGUUUGGGGUACUACGUCUUCUCCCUCAGUUCUGUCAGUCUAGGAGGCAAUGAAUAUUUAAAUCUCUUUCUCAUAGGUGCUGUGGAGUUGCCUUGCUAUAUCAUUGCUUGCAUUGGGAUGGACAAACUGGGAAGGAGAAACACACUCAUUCCAUUCCUUAUUUUAAGUGCACUGAUCUGUGUUUUAAUUAUGUUCCUACCUCAGGAUUUCAAUAUAUUAAUUAUCUUAGCAAAUAUGGCUGGAAAAUUUUCAAUAGGUGUGGCAUUUGGCCUCAUAUAUCUCUACACAGCAGAACUGUACCCAACAAUUGUAAGGUCACUUGCUGUUGGAAGUGGAAGCAUGAUGUGCCGUGUAGGUAGUGUGGUUGCUCCUUUCUGUGUAUAUCUGAGAAGCGUUUGGAUUUUCAUGCCACUUUUGCUUGUUGGAAUCAUGGCUCUUCUGAGUGGAAUAUUAACAAUAAUGCUUCCAGAAACACUGGGAAAACCAUUGACUAAUACUUUGGUGGAAGCUACAGAAAUUGGAAGAAACAAGAAAAGCUGUUCAGGAAAGACUCCAGCACACAGUGGUGCAGCAUUAGAAAAGAUAGAGAUGUUUGGUCAAGAAGCAGUCAGCACUGAGAAAUAAAGCAACAGCAAAAUGGUUGUUCCCAAUUUUAAUCAUUAUCUAAUUUAUAAGAUCUUUUUAUUCAAGAAAUGUGACUGUUCUAUAAUAACUGUGCCUUUUACUUUGUAUCCAGUCUUGCCUUUUCAAUAGAGCAAGUAUAUAAAACCUUUUCCAUGUGACUGAGGUACUGCAGAAAAUUUGAUAAGAUUUCUAAAGCCCUUGUCAAACUUACCCAGACUUUAGAAAACCUAUCUGACUUACUGUGACCAGUUGGAAUGAUUAGUCUAGAUGUUGGAACCUACCUGAUUACACAUAUGUAAAAAAUAUGCCAAUUCUUUGCUUCACAUUUUCUGCAGUUAGAUUUGUAAACCCACUGCAAAGUGCCCUGCCUGCUCUCGUCCUGUUGCAGCUGACAGUUACGGGCUUGGGACUUGAAAACAUGGUACACUGGGAGAGUUAUAAUUCAAGAGAGAAGCCUUAACAUUGCAUCAAGUCAUAUCAAUAAUUUUAAACUUAAACUAAUUUAUUCUUUUUUUUCAAGUUUUCUACUAGAAAAGCUGCCAUUGCUAACAAAGGAAAAUAUUCUGUGGAACAGCUUCCGACUGAAAAAAUAAUACUAAGUUUGCAAAAUGUGCAAAUAGUUUGUAUAUUCAUUCUGUUGAAUGGCAAAUAUAUUUUUAUUACUGGUUUAGAAAAAAUGUUCACUGUAUCUACUGCUGUCUUAGUAAGUUCUUUUUAGUUUAGGUAAAACUAAAAUGCCUGAUGCCUUUGAAAGUCAUAUUCAUUCCAGACCAUUAUUUCAGUGCUCCUAUUCUCACUUAUUUCAGCUCAGAUCUAGCAUCAGAUUAUUCAUAACCUUUAAGAGCUACACCAGCAACUUUGCCAAAUGUCUCCAUCAAGGCCUUCUCAGUCCUCAGUGGAAAAGAAUAAAUGGCAUAUGGGUCUUAUUCAGGCUCUCUGCACAGAGGUGGACUUAGUUAUUAACAAAUGGUUAGUAGGCAUGGUAUCUACACACCAUUUUUCUCAUAGAUCAGCUGUCUGUAGCUCAUUUUUUCUUUAUACCACACAAAAUCAGUUAGAAAACUAUAAUUUAAAAAAUGGUAGCUGGAGGACACUGAUCAAUAGAAGAGUUACCAGUUACUCUAGUAGUUUUAGUCAAAGUGUCUGUAAAUGUCCCACUGUUGCUACACCUCAUGUGUGCAUCAACACUUACUUGCUGGUGCAGUGAUUCUGCCUUAUGACUGUGGACCACACAAAACUAGUUGAUAGGAAUGCAUCAUUCUGGCUGCUACUUUUAUGGCUUUCUGUCCCACCUCCCAUUUUCUAGUCUACCUCCAGACCUGGGGGUUUCUUCCUUGCCUGAGGAUUUGUAUCCUCUUCGCUUGGCCACCUUUGGUUUGAGGGGAGCAGUACAGGAACAUUCUGUGUGUCGAGGUUCAGACAGCCCUCUCUUGCCUGGGCUGUGUAAACCCUGUCAGCCCUGGUUUGAAAUCAGAAUUUUUCUCAUCUUAGGCACGUACUCUCAUGCUAGCUGGUGUGAUCUCAUCAAAACAAGUCUUCCUUGUUUAAUUCUUUGGCAUGUACACCCCAAAAAGACAUCUGUAUUACUGUAGAUAAAUAAAUAUUCUAUAUGCUGUAGAGCUUAAUGGUCACAUUUUUCAAUUCUAUCUGCACAGUCAUAUUAGUUUCAAUGACUUCUGAAACCAGAAUAAUGGUUUAUAUCCCCUUAUAAAAGAUUUUUUUCUUCACUGUACUGUUCUAGAGUGUCAAAUAGCAUUGUUGGUCCUGAUAUUAGGACAAAAUCAUAUCCUAUAUGAGGACUAACAUGCUUUGAAGCAGGCAAAAAUCAGUAAGUUUAAGUUCAGGGAGUGUCUGUAUGAUGAUUACAUGGGAAGCAGAAAGGAAUCUCUAUGCUCCCUUCAAUUCUGUGGGUGUUCCAGUAUUUGCAGAGAAAACCUCCAGAGAGAACUGCAUAGGAUAUUAUGGCUUCUGUCCAGAUAUAUUACUUCCGCAAAAGCAUGUGCUUAACCUUACUUGCAUGAGUAAUCACAUCCUUGUUCAGAUAAUGACUUGAAUACAUACUUUGAUGACUGAAGAUAGGAUUACUCAUAUGCUGUGGUUAUUUACUUUGCUGACUUUGAUAACUGAAGAUAGGAUUACUCAUAUGAUGUGGUUUUUUAUUUAGCUGAAGAGCCGACCUAGUAUUCUUCCACUGCUUUGAGAUCCCCCUUCACUUCCCAGAGCAGAAAAACUCUCAUCUGCAAGAUCUGUUGCGAAACUCUGCAUGCCCUGCCUUAAACAAGGGUUUAAUCAUGCUAAAAAACAAAAUGUCAUGCAAUACACCUAACAAGGAAUUAAACUGGUGCUGUCUGACAUUACAACCACCCUCCCCCCACCCCAAGCUCCAAGUAAUUACAUUAUUUUGGGGUUCUUUCACACUGAUGCUCCUUCUUUUAUUAGUACAAGGUCCUAUCUUAAACUCCUUAGUCUUGAGUGCUGGGGACAGUUAUCUAUUUCUAACAAGGUACUAAAGAACAAUUACAAUUAAUUUUUCUACUUCCUUACCUGCCGAAUAACUGAUUUGAGGGUUACCCUGCUAAGAACAGUCAAUGCAUGUUCUGUGUUCCUUUGACUUGAGAGAUUCAGGAGCUGGUCAUCUGUAAUCCAUAUACAUAAGGUAAAGAAAAAAAGAAAAAAGAAAAAACUUAAAUGCACAGUGAUACUGAGCAAUGCUUACAGGCUAGAAUUUAAUGAUGAUUCUAAACCACAAUGUAGCUUGAUGGCUUUUAACCCCGAAAGCCAGUUCCUCCUGUCACUGAUGUCCGUUGGUAUUUGGUCUUUGAUUCAAAUGAGACCUGAAUUUCCCUGAACUAAUGCUACUUUUUUUCCCGGAAAUAAAAAGUUUAUUGAUCUACAGGUACACCUUUUGUGAUUUUAUGCAUGAAUAGCUUAGAGGAUGCCUUGGGGUAUCCUAUUCUUUAACCUGAGGAAGCAUAUUACUGUAAAAAAGGGAAUAGCAUGUGUCUAUAUGUUUCUAGCAUUUCUGUUUGCUUGUUUUUUCCAUAUGGACAAAAAUAUGUUUAACACUAGUCAUAAAUUAUAAAUGUAGCGUAGACAGGGUGGGUCAUUUUUUUCUCUUAAAUAUUCAUAGAUUAUCUAAAUCCUGUCACAAGAGAGCACUGAGUUUGAGAACAAAUGCUUCUGUUCCUGUGGGGCUUGUUUUCCUCUCAUUGCUCAUAAAAAGAAUUCCUUUUCAUAGUUUCUUAUCUGAGUCCUUAAGUUCUUUUAUGUUUGUAUUUGUCAUCUCUAUCUUAGCACAAAUUUAUUGUGCUGAUCAAUGUCUCUGGAGUUACAUAAUGGUUUUAUGAGAUAGUGGAUUAGAGUUCUUAUCUGUCUUAAUUGCUGGUCACUAUUGCACCAUGACAAAUGUUUUUGUCCUAAAUUUGAUAUCAUAUUUUAUUAGACAAUCUUGCAGUUUGUUAAGGACAUACUUUCUGGGUUGAAUAUAGGAAUGAGAGCAAUUAUCAUUAGUUUAAUGAUAACUAAGGAAAAAUAGUAAGUAAAUGUGUUUGAUAUUUUGAAUCUGUAUUUUAAAACUACGUGAAAAGAUGUAUUUUCUACUUUAACAGUUCACUCCAAUUUCUUCGUGCAAAUUUCUGUAGUUUAAACAACUAUGUAGAAAAAAAAUAACUAUGCAAACUAUGUGCAGUCCGUCAGAUGCUUUGGGUGGUACCCUGAAUGUCUGAACAAGGGGCUGAAUUCUGCCUGAAGGCUGAGGGCUUUUGUGUAAUGGCUCUGUGGAAACAGAAGAUGGUCUGACAUCCCAGCUCAGGGUUGGAGCAGAAGACUCAUUGGCAUUCUCCUGUAUCUUUCACAGCUUAUUUUUACCAACCUCUUAGGCGCAGUCACUUAGGAAGCCUCUGCAGCAUUGGGCUCAGCAGCAUGCAAAGCCUGUGAGUGCCUUUCACAAGGGUUUAUAAAAAGGUGAGGUCACUUGCGCCAUGGAGGCAUGAUGCCAGAAAGGUAUUUGUGGCUGUGAAAAGGAGGGUCUGGGUUCAUCCUCUGCCCUUUACAAACAUCUUAAAGGUGCUUGUCUGAAUCCCAGAACAGGUUUAUAGGGGAGAAAUUAAACUCAAAGAUUUAAAAAAAAAAAAAGUGUUGACAAAAGAACAGUCAAGCAAUAUCUGCAUUGUGACAUCUCUCUUGAAGAAAGAUUAAAGCACAUCUAUGUACUGGUGACCUAAUAGUUUUGUACAAGAUUCUGUACCAGGUGGAGUGUGCAUUUUGGUAACAUGGGGGAAGUAUGUACUCAUAGGAAGGAGUUUGUUUGCCUAGAAUAUGUGGAUUUAAUACAAUAUAUGUUAACAGUUUUUUAAUGUGUAUUUAUUAUCUGCAAUUAUGUGCAAGAAUAAAAUCAAACACACAUUAUUUAA